CGUAGAGACCUCAAAUUGACCUUUAUUUGAUGCACCUGUAUCUCUGUUGAAACAUUAGCGACAAACGCACACACUUUGACAUUUAUUUUUCUCGAUCAGUUUUAAGGUGGUUGUAGAAACCCUAGUUCGCCCUCUGUCCGAAGUAGUUGUGGAAACAUGAUCGCCAAACUAUGCUUCUGCUUACCUGUGCGACGCAACCUGUUUCUCCAAACCUUAACACAUUUUCGCUUUAAUUUCUCAAUUCUUGCAGUGAGUAAUGUCAGCAACAGCAAUGCCCCUUCACAAAAUCUCUUCCUGCACUUCGUUACCACCAGAUUUAACAUGUCCUCAGCCGACGCCGUAAAAAUGUUAAAAUUCCAGCCCUCGUUAGGGCGGCUCAAAACCAUGGACAAGGUUGAACAGCUCGCGGACAUGCUCAGCAGACACGGCUGCACCAAAGAUCAAAUUGCAAACAUAAUCACAACUCAGCCCUCGCUAAUGACGGUAAGUGUGGGAAGAUUGUUGGAGCCCAAGAUUCAAGUGCUAAUAGAUGUGGGCGUGGAGAGGGAAAAUAUAUCCAAAAUUUUAACCAAGUCCCCGAGUAUCUUGACAGCUAAGCUGGAGAUCCUCCGCUCCAACGUUGAUUUUUUGAAGACUGUAUUGCCGACACAGGAUUUUCUUCUCAGAGCAAUUAUGAGAAACCCUAAUAUUCUUAAACUGAGCUCGCAGAAGGUCUUGAAACCCUCGGUUGCUUUUUGGGAGGGUUUUGGUUUCCGUGGAACAGAGCUCACCAAGUUUUUGUUGUUAAAUCCUCGGGUUUUGACGCUCACUUCUCUGACCCCCGAGAAACUUGAUCUCAUCAGCAAGAUUGGCAUUCACAAGGAAAGCAGUGGGUACUAAUACGUUGUGAGCUUUGUGGCCACAGGCCGCAUCGAAGUCUUAGAGGCCAAGAUAGACAAUCUUCAGCUUUCCGGCCUCUCACCUGAAGAAGCCUGGGAAUUAAUUAGGGUUGCCCCUUCAGUCCUCAACAUGGCCGAGGAUACCUUUAAGAAAAAGAUGGACUUUAUGCUGAAUCACAUGCGACUCUCUAUGGACUUUGUGACAAAGCAUCCACGGAUGUUUACAAUGAGUUUGGACAGGGUAAUGAGGCCCAGGUUUUUGGUUUUGCAAAGUAUGACAACAAUGAAUGGAGCGGAGGAGGUUAAGCCGACGCGAAUUUCUUCUAUGCUGUUGAUGACCGAGGCCAAGUUCGUUGCCCAGAUCAUAGAAGGACAUCCUGAAUCUGCUGCUCUGUGGACAGUUUAUAAAAAUGCCACUGCUAAUGUUUCAAGAAGCUCAAAGAUUAAAAUGUUUUCAGGUUUUUAGUAUUUGAUGUUUUUUUAUUUGUGAAGGAGAUAUUAUUGCUCAGUCAAAUAUUUUUAUUGUAAUAUUGCUAUUAAGAAUCAAUGUAUAAUUUUUUUCAUCUGUUAAAAUCAAAAGAUUUCAGUAACCACUUAAAUAUACCACCAUCCUGACCCUGAUUUCCCAUGAAUUAGGAUUGUAAUUAUUUUUCAAUCAAAGUAUGGUUAUAAAUUGUUAGA